AUCGAGAGAAGUCAAAACAAGGCAAUGUGGACGGAAAUAGCGUCAUUGACAAUCUUUCGAGAACAAAACAACUGUCAACUGUGCACUUAAUAAUAACUAGAGAAAACAAAUGAAUGAUGGGCUGAACCGAAAAAUCUUUGGUCUGAAGUCAUCAUCACCGUCCUCACUUCUUGCCACACUCCAACCUCUCCUUCUUCUUGCAUUCGUUUUCUCUUUUACGCGAUUCCUCCGAUCCCCAUAUCCCACUUUUCUGAAGUCAAGGAGGUAGAAGAAGAAGAAGACAAUGGUCAAAAAGAUAUUCUUGAUUGAUGUAUAGCUCUAUGCUUAAGCAGCUUAGGAGAGAAAAAGUAUUGUUCCAUAGAUGCUCUGAGUGAUCCAGAGGGAAAUCCACCUGAGGGAUUUCUUACUUUCAUGACUAGGUUUUCUUCAGGUAGGCAUCAUCUCUGCUAUAAUCAUGAAUUGUAUUGAAGAGAGGAAAAAAAUAGAGAACAACAAAAUGAGGAACAAGAGCAAGUGUAGGAAAUCAACCACAUUAAAUUGCAAUGCAGGGAGCAGGUGGGGAACUUUGGUAUUAACCCUAUUAGGCUGUCUUGUUUUGCUUCAUCUAUAUUCUUUAAUCCGCCAAAAUGAACCCCAAAUGAUGGAGAUGACUCAAACACAUAUUGUCCACCAUGAACUGCUACAAGAGUUGGAGAAAGUUGAGGAAGUUUUUAUACAACUCCCUCCACCAAGGAAGCGUUCACCUCGUGCUGCCAAGAGAAGGGGGCCUAAGAGGCCAACCACUUUGAUUGAUGAGUUUCUUGAUGAGUCUUCACAGAUUAGGAACUUCUUCUUUCCCGGUCCGAGGGAUUCUGUGGACCCCAGGAAGGAUUCUGGAAACGAAACACACUAUUAUUACCCGGGGAGGAUAUGGUUGGACACUGAAGGGAACCCGAUUCAGGCUCAUGGAGGUGGAAUUCUACAUGACGAGAAGACAAAAAAGUAUUAUUGGUAUGGAGAAUAUAAAGAUGGGCCUACCUACCAUGCUCACAAAAAAGGAGCAGCCCGGGUUGAUGUUAUUGGAGUGGGUUGCUACUCUUCAAGUGACUUGUGGACAUGGAAAAACGAAGGCAUUGUAUUAGCAGCAGAAGAGAAAAACGAAACACAUGAUCUCUACACAUUAAAUGUUCUAGAGAGGCCAAAAGUAAUAUACAAUGACAAAACAGGUAAAUAUGUGAUGUGGAUGCACAUAGACGACACAAACUAUACUAAAGCUUCUGUAGGUGUCGCCGUUAGCGACUCCCCAAAUGGCCCUUUUGACUAUCUCUAUAGCUUUCGUCCCCAUGGAUUUGAUAGCCGAGACAUGACUGUCUUUAAGGAUGACGACGGGACCGCUUAUCUCAUUUACUCCUCUGUAGAAAACAGUGAGCUCCACGCGGGCCCUCUCAAUGAACAAUACUUAGACGUGACUCGCGAUGCGAGAAGGAUUCUAGUAGGGCAGCACCGGGAAGCUCCCGCUGUGUUCAAGAACCAAGGAACGUAUUACAUGAUCACCUCCGGGUGUACUGGUUGGGCCCCAAACGAGGCCCUAGCCCAUGCAGCUGAGUCAAUAAUGGGCCCAUGGGAAACGAUUGGGAGCCCGAGUGUUGUCGGCGGGAGUAAAAUUUUUCAACUCACGACAUUCUUCUCUCAAAGCACGUACGUGCUUCCCUUGCCCGGGCUGCCUGACGUUUUUAUUUUUAUGGCGGAUCGAUGGAAUCCGGCUGACUUGAGGGAUUCAAGGUAUGUGUGGUUGCCUUUAACUGUGGCAGGGCCUGUAGACCAGCCGCUCGAAUACAAUUUUGGGUUUCCUUUGUGGUCACGAGUGUCUAUAUUUUGGCAUAAAAGGUGGCGUCUACCUUCUUCUUGGCAAGAAGAGAAGUGAAGAAUUUCAGACGAACAUAGGGGUGUUUGCUUUCUUCAUUUGUAUAACUUCAUUGAAGUUGUGCCAGUAAGUAGUGUCACUAUAUGUUAUCAUCCCCCUGUUCAUUUAUUGUAGUGUCUUUUUAUGUGAUAUAAGUUCAAAUUAGCUGACAGUACAAUGAGUAGUUGUAAAUUACUUAAGUAUAGAGCUUUGAUGCGUUUGUUGUAUAAUUUCACAAUUUCAUUUGUUGUUUAGUACAGAGUACAAUUUUGGGGUGUCUACACAGUUUGUGCUGCAUUUGAGCGUAGCCUGCCACGCGACAUGGGGC